AUGGGUAUCCCAGACGCGGUCGAGGUCGUGUGCAUCAACUUCCCUCCCAAAGCCCGACCAACGAGAGGCAGAGGCCUCGCAGACUUCAUCCACGGAGGGGGCACGGCGGUACGUAACCGCACCCAGCUAUCAAUGUGCACUUCGGCGUGCACCGGCUAUAACCGCCCUCGUGCCCACUGCCUUGGUGUCGACCAGCUGCACAAGAUCGCCAACGCCGUGCCAUACAUCUCUACGCUUUUACUGCGCGGCGUGGUGGUGUCUCCGCGCCCCUUUACAGCGAAGGAUUCCUAUAGGCAAGUUGUGAAGUCGUUCCCGGCCGUGAAGAAUUGCAUCCAAGUCCUCACGAGCGGCUAUCCGUGGAUGCCGAACAUCAAGACCACCGCCGGCUGGCACUGCUACUCCGACACGCCACAUUUCCAAUUCCCGAAGUCGACGGAGAACCUGACUCUGAUCUUCUGGCCGGGAUUGGAGGCGAUGGGUGGUGCCUGGUUCCCUUCAUGCAGCGAGUGGUACGGUGACGACAAGGUCUGCAGUCCUCACCAUCUGGACAUGCACAACUGCUGGCUUCAAAGUAGUCUGUGGACGACUCUCGCCUCACAGCUCGCGUCCUCGUGCAUCAAAUGUCUGACGAUCGUGAAUGCAGCUUCGGUGCCUCCUCCUCAUCGCUCAAUGUCACAGCACAUAGGCAUGCUCGAGGCUGGUGGUACGACCUCAUCCGUUGUACACGACUUCUUCCUCAGUGCCUAUGAGGCCGAACUUCGCGAGUGGCGGGCCCCUAAGCCGUCUAAUGUGCUCCCGUCGGACGAGAUUCGCUUCCUCUCCCUUGAGGAGUGGCUCGAAGAGGCAGACUGGCAGGACGUCUUCAGCCCGGCCGAGAUAAGCGGUUAUUUCUCUGCUCUCUCGGCUGGGAAGCCCAUGCCAUCCGCGUGGGCACGCUACGUUCGUUUCGCGGAGGCGCUCGGCUCGCAAUCCCGCCAAAUCUGA